CGAAUUCCACCGCGCAUUUUUAUCACUCUACCACCAAUACAUUAACAAGUCAUGGGUAUCGGCUCCACCAUUAAGAACGCGCUUACAGACCGCUCGGACUCUACGCAUAGCUCCAGUAACGAUGUUGCUCCGAUGAACAAGACCCAUCGCCACACCGCUUCCACCGACAGCGGCUACACCAGCAACGGCGUCACCGAUUCUUCCAGCGUCCCCACGGACAAGACCGCCGGCCGCGACACCGCUGCUCCUGGUGCAACCAACGCUACCACUACUUCUACCACUCCUCGCACGGGCGGCACCGCACACACGGCCCCUCGCGGUCGUGAUGCUGAGGCUGCUAGAGCCGGCGUCGGCGCUGCCGCUGGCGACCGUGACAACGACCAUGGAGCUAACAUGGCCACUAGCGGCGUCGGGCGCCAGCUUCGUGAAAACGUUGGUGGAACUGGCCCCACUGGCAGUGGUCGUGCUACCGAGGACGGUUACGAGCCUGUCACCCACAUUGGCGGACAACGCCCGGGCGACCUUACCGACCCGCACAGGCACGGACACCCCAAGGGCGCCACCGGCGAGAUUAAGCCAACCGGUCAAGGCAAGAUCUCUGAGGACACCAACCAGCUCAAACAUGUUAUCCACGAUAACGUCCGCCACAUCGAGACCGAGGAGGUACUUCGUGAGAAGGACCAACACCGUCACGUCCACCACGUCCAACACCACGUCCAGCCCAUCCACCACGUCGAAGAACGCCCCGAAGUGCACCACGAACAAAUCCAUCCCGUGACUCACGUCCACGAGAAGCACGCCAGCAAGACUGAAGACGCUCAGUUCCUCAAGGCCCAAGUCGGGCAACACAAGGAUACCAUUCAGCACGGCGCCAAAGAGAGGCAAGUCGUCGACAUGGGUACUCAUGUCAAUGAGCACACCCACCACCACCUCCACCACGUCAUUCAGCCCGUCAUCGAGAGAGAGACGAUCGACAAGCACCGCAUUCACACCGUUAUCCCCACUCGCGAAGAGACCCACGAGGCGCCCAUCAUUCACGAGUCCACCAUUCAUGCUCCUCUCUCCAUGAACGAAUUCCUUCACGGUGGCCGCAAGCUCGACAGUGGCGUCGCUCACAACGAAAUUGGCAGCAAGCUCCUCCACGGUGGUGAAUGCUCCCGCGACGUCGACGGCGUUGGUGAGCGCCUUGCUGAGCAGCUCCACCUCUCUCCCGCCCAGCCUCACGACCUUGAGCACGUCUCUACCGCCGACCGCACCACUCGCACCGGCUCUACCUCCGCCACCGGCAAACAGGCGAGUGCCAUCUGA